GGGUCGGGGCCCGGAGAGGCCGGGGGGCAGCAGCCCCGUGGUGUGUGGGAGCCGACGCGGGUGUUAACUCGCGGGUCGGGGCCCGGAGAAGCCGGGGGGCAGCAGCCCCGUGGUGUGUGGGAGCCGACGCGGGUGUUAACUCGCGGGUCGGGGCCCGGAGAGGCCGGGGGGCAGCAGCCCCGUGGUGUGUGGGAGCCGACACGGGUGUUAACUCGCGGGUCGGGGCCCGGAGAGGCCGGGGGGCAGCAGCCCCGUGGUGUGUGGGAGCCGACACGAGUGUUAACUCGCGGGUCGGGGCCCGGAGAGGCCGGGGGCACUCGGGGAAAGACUUGGUCAUGGAUGGGUUUUCCAGUCAUGGAUUUGGUCAUGGAUGCGGUCAUGGAUCCGGUCAUAAUUUGCCAUUAA